AUGCAAAGUGCCGACAUCUGGGACGUCUUCUACCGACCCGACGACCCCGCCGAUCUGUGGUUCGCAUUUCAAUUGGCGCGAUCGCUGGCCGAGCACCGCCAGCGCGUCCGGCUCUUCUGUCAUGACAUCGCCGCGCUGUCGGUGGCCCACACCGAUCUCGACCCGCGCGUGCUGAUCCAGAACCUCGGCCACAUCGAGAUCCUGGAUCAACGGCUCGCACGAACGGCCGCGGCCUCGCCGAACCUCGUGCAGAUCUUCGACGGCACCGCGCCGGCUCCCUACAUGGCGCGCUACUUCAGUCAGCAGUCCGGCGGCGGCUGGUACACCCUGCACGCGCCCUGGCACGCCCAGCCCGGGCAGACCGCCAUCCAGCUGCGCACCCAGUCCCAGAUGCACCGGCAGUUCGACGUCUACCUGGGCGACGGCGCCUACUCCGCCGGCCUCAUCCGCUCGACCCAUCACCAGCCUGUGCUGCGCCGCGGCCCCCAGCCGAUGGCUGCGGCACGUGCAAGCAUGUUCAGCCUGCUCGGCCUGUCACCAGAGCACCUCGAAACGCGCACCACGGCCUUCCUGAGCGCCGGUCCGGGCAUCGCAUGGGCGCAGUGGCUGCGCGGCCUCAUCGAUGCCGACACCAGCCACUGCCUCUUCAUCGAGCACGGCGCCCUGCAGGAGCAGGCGGCGCCGAUUUUCUCCCGGCAGCCCGGCCAGCCCGGCACCAGCACCAUCGGCGCACUGACCAUCGUUUUCCUGCCGCCGCUCUUGUGGGCGCUGGUCGACGAGAUCAUCGCCGUCAGCGACUACGUCGUCACCGACCGAGACGACGUCGCCUUCCGCGCCGCCGAGCGCGGCACGGCGGCCAUACGCACGGAGGCCAGCGAAGCGCAGGCCGCCACCGGGCACUGGAUGUUCGCCGGUGCAGACCCGGCCCUGACGUCCGUCUACUCGGGUGUCGCCAGCGCGCUCGGCCGUGGCACCGGCGUCGCCGCGAGCAUUGCCGCCUACGUUGCGCGCCUCGGCGAGUUCACCCAGCAGGCGCGUCAGUUGCAGGAGCGCGUGGGACGCGCCUCCGACCUCGCCUCGUUGCUGCUGACCUCCAACCAGAAUCCUCGUCGUGUCGGACUGCACCGAACAGCGUCAGCACAUCGGCACGCUGCUGCGCGACCUGCUCGUGGAGACCUACUGGCUGAACGACGCUGGCGAGGCGUGGCUCGGCCAGACGCCGGUGCGCAUCGUCGUGAUGGGCGCACCGGAGGACGGUUCCCCCGCGCCCAGCCGGCAUCGGUUGACCCUGGACGCCUACCUGCCGCCCCUGCCGACCCUGCACGAACUGGCCUGGGAAGUUCAGCGCUGUGUGCCGCCGCAGAGCCGGCUGCAGACCUCGCUCGGUCGCGCGCCGAGGCGCCGCUUCCGCUGAGCGUCUCGUUCCCACCGCGCCUCCCUCCGUCUCACCGGGCUCAUGCACCUUCCGGUGCACGAGCGCACACACCGCACCCCGCUUGGCCACGAAGACAUCCGCCCUGGCAGGGCCUCGCCCCUCCGGCCUCGCCUUCGCUGCCCCGCUUGGAGCCAUCCCAUGGCACCCCACACCCACACGCUGCCCCCGAACAGCGAUCGGCUGAGCAUGCCCCGCCUCACUGUGGCAUCGGGCGCGCUGCUGAACCGCAUCAGCCGCCGCGCCCUGGCCGUGGCGGCGUUGCUGGCCGGCUUCAUUCCGGCAUGCCUGCUCGCCGCCCGCCCGGGUGCAGGCAUGCAAUUCGUCCCCUGGCUGAUCGCCUAUGCGUCCGCAGCCGCACUCUGGCUGCGCGACGCAACCUCCGAAUCCCCCACCUUCCUCUCGAAGAGCGGCAUCCUGGGCCGCCGUCCCCUGCCCUCCAGGCUCGUCGCCGCCGUCUAUGGCGCAGUCUGCGGCGCUCCCGUGGUGCUGCUGCAUGGCAACGCGGAUGA